AGGCAAAAAAAAAAAAAAAAAAACAGAAAUAAAGAUUAGGUUGAUGCAUAGAGAGGGAGAGACGCGUCUCUUCGAUCUAUAAACUCGAUAGUCAUCUCAUACGCGAAAGACCGAAUCUGAAAUCUCUCACUUUGAUGUGUAGUCUCGAUUUUGAUUAGCGAAUCACUGUUGACUUCGCUUCAUGCGAUUGGUUCAUUAUGGCAACCAAAAUAAUCUCAGCCGACAGUAGGACUAGGAGCUCUAUAUCUAUCUUCAUUGUAGUUGGUUUGUGCUGUUUCUUCUAUAUAUUGGGUGCAUGGCAAAGAAGUGGUUUUGGGAAGGGGGACAGCAUAGCUGUGGAGAUGACCAAGAGUGGGGCAGACUGUAGUAUUAUCUCAAAUUUGAAUUUUGAGACCCAUCAUGGUGGUGAACCUGUGACAACUGAUGAUUCAGAAUCAAAACCCAAAGUAUUUAAGCCAUGCCGUUCCAAAUACAUUGAUUAUACACCUUGCCAGCAUCAGAAGCGGGCAAUGACCUUCCCGAGGGAAAAUAUGGUUUACCGAGAAAGACAUUGUCCAGCAGAAAAUGAAAAGCUACAUUGUCUAAUCCCUGCACCAGAAGGAUAUGUAACACCUUUUCCUUGGCCAAAGAGUCGUGACUAUGUACCCUAUGCAAAUGCACCAUAUAAGAGCUUGACAGUUGAGAAGGCUGUUCAGAACUGGAUUCAAUAUGAGGGUAACGUGUUUAGGUUCCCAGGUGGAGGAACACAGUUUCCUCAAGGAGCAGAUGCAUAUAUUAAUCAGCUUGCUUCUGUGAUACCAAUUGAUAAUGGUACAGUUAGAACUGCACUGGACACUGGAUGUGGGGUUGCAAGCUGGGGUGCGUACCUUUUGAAGAAAAAUGUCAUAGCUAUGUCAUUUGCACCUAGGGACAAUCAUGAGGCACAGGUUCAGUUCGCUCUCGAAAGGGGUGUACCUGCUGUUAUUGGUGUUCUUGGAACAAUAAAGCUGCCAUAUCCAUCUAGAGCUUUUGACAUGGCCCACUGUUCUCGCUGCUUAAUUCCAUGGGGUGCAAAUGAUGGAAUUUACAUGAUGGAAGUUGAUAGAGUACUUAGACCUGGUGGCUACUGGGUGCUUUCAGGUCCUCCAAUUAAUUGGAGGAACAACUAUAAAGCUUGGCUGCGGCCUAAAGAGGAACUCCAGGAGGAGCAGAGAAAGAUUGAAGACAUUGCCAGACUUCUUUGCUGGGAGAAGAAAUAUGAGCAAGGUGAAAUUGCAAUUUGGCAGAAGAGAGUGAAUGCUGGUGCAUGCAGUGGCAGACAAGAUGAUGCUCGAGCUACAUUUUGCAAAGCUGAAGAAACAGAUGAUACUUGGUACAAGAAUAUGGAGCCAUGCAUAAGUCCAUAUCCUGAUGUUAACAGUCCAGAUGAAGUUUCUGGUGGAGAACUGCAGCCAUUUCCCAAGAGGCUUUAUGCUGUCCCUCCUAGAGUAGCUAGUGGAUCUAUUCCUGGAGUCUCUGUUGAGACAUACCUGGAGGACAAUAAACUAUGGAAGAAGCACUUAAAUGCUUAUAAAAAAAUUAAUAAAAUUAUUGACUCAGGAAGGUACCGAAACAUCAUGGAUAUGAAUGCUGGGUUGGGAGGUUUUGCUGCUGCACUUGAAUCUCCUAAAUUGUGGGUUAUGAAUGUUGUACCCACCAUAGCUGAGAAAAGUACUCUUGGUGCUGUAUACGAACGAGGACUGAUUGGCAUCUACCAUGACUGGUGUGAAGCUUUCUCUACAUACCCAAGGACAUACGACCUUAUUCAUGCCCAUGGUGUUUUCAGUUUAUACAAGGACAAAUGUGAUGCGGAGGACAUUCUUCUGGAGAUGGACCGGAUUUUGAGACCAGAAGGUGCUGUCAUAUUCCGCGAUGAAGUUGAUGUGCUAAUCAAAGUGAAGAAAAUAGUAGGAGGAAUGAGGUGGGAUACAAAAUUGGUGGAUCAUGAGGAUGGUCCCCUUGUUUCUGAGAAGAUAUUGGUCGCAGUUAAACAAUACUGGGUUGUGAGUGCAGAGAAUUCCACAUCCUCACAGUAAAUGCCAUGCAAGGAAAAGGGGAAAACUUCCAGACAUCCUAAGCUGGCAAAUGUCUCUAUCUCUUCUACAAUAUCCGGCAAGAAUUUUCAUAUUUUUACCAUGAUCAUUUAGGCUGGAAGAAUACCCAUAGGAAAGUGGGCUCCGUGAUUCAUGUUUUUCCAAAGAUUGAUUGUUUGGUGCCCCUGUUCUUUUGUAGUAAGUGUAGUUAUAAACCAACAAAGCAAACACGUUGCUGGCAAUGUCUAUGUUAUUUAUUCGUUAUUUUUAGCAUUCCUUUUUGUUCAGCAACCCCUUUUUCA